GCUCUCUCUCUCUCUUUCUUUCUCUGUAUCCCUUCUCUCUCACAAGCAGAGGCACAGAGAUUUGAUUCUUGCAACAUGGCUUCCGCGCCGGUGUUGAAGAAGACAAACAGUAUCUCGUCGGAGAGUGGGGGAUCAGAGUCUGGCUCCGAAGAGAUACUGUCAGCGAUGCCGUCCGAGGAUUCAAUCAAACAGAAUGAAAGCAAAGACAUGAGGAAGACUCGUAGCACCAUAUUGAGAAGCAGAAGCAUCAACGGCGAGCUGUUUGAGUAUUUCGGGUGGGUUUAUCAUGUCGGGGUCAAUUCCAUCGGCCAGGAAUUUUGCCACUUCCGUUACCUUUUCAUCCGGGGGACGUAUGUGGAGAUGUAUAAACGCGACCCGCAUGAGAAGCCCGGCACUAAACCCAUCCGAAGAGGCGUCAUAGGACCUACACUUCUGGUGGAGGAGAUAGGUCGUCGGAAAGUUAGCCACGGUGAUGUUUACGUACUAAGGUUCUACAAUCGGCUUGAUCAAACCAAAAAGGGAGAGAUCGCUUGUGCUACAGCUGCUGAUGCUCAAAAAUGGUUGGAAGCAUUUGAUCAUGCUAAGCAACAGGUGGAGUACGAGGUCACAAGAGGUCGAAGUGUGAGAGACAGGCUGAGUAUGGAGGAUGAGAUAAAUCUUGAGGGACAUCGGCCCAGAGUCCGGCGAUAUGCUCAUGGUUUGAAAAGAUUUGUAAAGAUCAAGGGAGCAGAUCAAGAACAUGAACUGCUGCGCAGAGCCUCAAGUGUACGUUCCGAUAAAUUGGAUGCGUAUUUUGACGCGGAGGGCGGAGAUGUCGUCGACGUGCACGAAUGGAAAUGCGUCCGUACGAUCAAUGGUGUCCGGAUAUUUGAAGAUGUGGCCAACUCAAAGAGUGGUAAAGGCAUCCUGGUGAAAGCUGUUGGUGUUAUUGAUGCGAGUGCAGACACCGUAUUUGAAGUUAUCUUGAGUCCUGAUCGACUCAAGAGAUACGAGUGGGAUACAUUAACAGGUGACUUGGAGUUGGUUGAUUCUGUGAAUGGACAUUUCGACGUCGUAUACGGAACAUUUGAUCGGCGUUAUCUAACUUGGCGACAAUCAAAAAGAGACUUUGUCUUUUCAAGACAAUGGUUCCGCGGGCAGGAUGGAACAUACACGAUUCUUCAAUUUCCCGCCGUACACAAGAAGCGGCCUUCAAGAUCUGGAUAUAAGCGCACAAAAAUCAAUCCUUCUACUUGGGAGAUUAGUAACUUGAGUGCAUCUUCGUCUUCAAAUAGUGCUAGAUGUCUGGUGACUCAAACGCUAGAGAUAAGCUCCAAAGGUUGGCUUAAAUGGAGGAACAAUCACUGCCCCAAGUUUGAAAAGACUGUUCCAUAUGCAUUGUUGAGUCAAGUAGCAGGUGUAAAAGAAUACAUUGGAGCAAAUCCGACACUUAAGUUGGAGGAAUCAACCACAAGUGUUCAUUCAAAACUACGUGCAUUGUCUAGAUCUGACAGUGAAUUUGAGGACACGGAUGAAACAGAUGAGUUUUAUGAUGCGAUUGCUGCCAGUUCUUCCUCAGACGAGGACGACAGUGAAACUGACAUAGAAUUCGAUGAGGAGAAAAAGCUUCAAAUUGAAAGCAUUUCUUUGGGCUCGGCAAGUUUGUCGGCACCGCGGGAUUCAGCAGCGGCUGAAAAUAAUGAGCUGGACUCAAACGAACCGGCUAUGGAUCUUGAGCCGAGUCAGUUUCGUGGGUCCAUGAGGAAAUCAAAGGAUGAAUCUGACAAGAACUGUUGGUCAUCUCUUGAUGGUUCUGGAUUCAUGAUCAGAGGGAAGACCUACUUGAAAGAUAGUACUAAGGUAAAAGGUGGAGAACCACUUCUAAGGCUCAUUGCAGUUGAUUGGUUGAAGGCAGAAGAUCCUCUUUCAAAGGUUGCAUUGCAUCCUAAAAGUCUUGUUCAGAGUGACCUAGGGCAAAAGCUCCCAUUUGUCCUUGUCAUUAAUCUUCAGCUUCCAGCCCGACCAAACUAUAGUCUGGUCCUCUACUACGCUGCGGACAGGCCUGUAAAAGAGGAUUCAUUGUUGAGUAAAUUUGCCGAUGGAACCGACAUGUUCCGUGAUUCAAGAUUCAAACUUAUUCCCAGCAUUGUUGAGGGUUACUGGAUGGUAAAGCGCGCGGUUGGAACAAAAGCGUGCUUGUUAGGAAAAGCGGUAUCUUGCAAAUACCUUAGGCAGGAUAAUUUUUUAGAGAUUGAUGUGGACAUUGGCUCCUCUUCCGUAGCGAGGAGCGUAGUAGGUCUUGUCCUCGGAUACGUGACAAGCCUCGUCGUUGAUCUUGCGAUAGUUAUAGAGGCGAAAGAAGAGGAGGAGCUCCCAGAAUACGUUCUUGGUACGGUGAGACUAAAUCGCGUAUCACCCGAUUCUGCGGAACAAUUAGAUGCUUAAGUUAUACUUGUGUAGUUAUGACUAAAUCAGUUGUUGUUAUUGAAUUAAUGAUGUAAGGUAGCAGCAAACAUCAACAGAUAGAUAUAAGGAAAAUUUUGGUGUAAGAUGUUGCUUCAGUGGAUAUGUACUACAUUAUCCACUUUUGUCAUAAACUUGUAAAUUUCAUUGAAUUUUAAUUUUAAAGUGGUUAUCAUAGGGAUUUCAGUACA